GUGGGAUUUAUGCGAAAUGGUGUAAUAGUUGGCGAAGACUCACCUWAUACCUUGAUAUUGAAACAAAACUCRUUAACAUUGGAAGAAGCAUUUUUAUCACUUUGUUGUAUACAAGAAAGUGAGAAAAUUUCCAAUAAAAAAUCUAAACAGGAAUAUUCAGUGGUUCUACCAUUUAGUAAGAAUCGAUUAAAAAACAGUUUCUCUUGGAGAAGAUUUCGAGCUCUAACAUAUAAAAAUGCAGCAGUUUUAUACAAAGACCAUACAUUUUUAUUCUUUACAUUUGUUUUACCUCUGGUUCAAACUAUUGUGUAUAAUUUAUGUGUUGGACAUAACAUUCAAAAUGUAAAGUUGGGAGUGGUUAAUGAUGAAAUAAAAAACUGUAGCUCUGAUUUAUAUCAGCGAAAAUGUUUUUUAAAUGACCCAAAUAAUACAAAAUUGAGUUGUAUGUUUAUUGACCAUUUAAGAGCAUCCAAUAAUUAUUUGAUCUACUUCCCAAAUCUGAAGUCUGGUAAUGACGCAUUAAAUUCCAAUUUUAUAUGGGGUUUAAUUUACUUCACUUCAAACUAUACAUUGACUUUGAAAAAUCGUCUCAAUAUCUUUGUCAAUAGUUAUGAUAUAGACUUUAGCUCAGUGCAAAUCACGUUAGAUUCAACCAAUUACAUCAUGAAAUUAAAAAUAAAGGACGAUAUAACUUCAACGUUUGUGAAAACAUUAAAAGAAGCAACUAAGUAUUGUAAUAUAAGUGAAAAACCAUAUUCUUACCCAAUUUCAAUUCAAAGUAUAGGAAACGUUAAAGUCACUGAAUUUAUUCAUUCAGCUUCUCCAGGAUUUAUAGUUUU